AUGUCAACUUCCAAAUGUACACCCAAAAAAGAGGAACUAAAAAAACACAUUGAUUACAGUUUACAAUUUAAUCGAUGGUUGCUCAAGCCAAUUGGUGCGUGGCCAAAAAUAAAUACAUCGAGUUCAGUGUGUAGAAUCAUGAUAUUACUUCAAAUUUUCAUUUGUUCAAGCAUAAUAGCAGUCCCAACAAUACCAUGUUUAUUAUAUGUGCUAUUUGAGGCAGAGAAUAUCCAGCAAAAACUAAAUACCAUGAUGCCACUGAUCAACAGAUUUAUGAGUUCGAUGCAUUACUGGGUGUUGCUCAAACGUAGAGAUGACAUUCACAAAUUGAUACGACAUAUGGAAAUAGAUUGGAAUCUCGUGCAAAGGAUUGAUGAACGUGAAGUGAUGUUGCAACAUGCCAAGUUCGGUCGUUUCAUUACCAUAAUUUGUGGGAUAAUGCUGCAGGGCGGUUGCCUAUUGUUCGCCCUAAGACAAUCAAUGAAAACUGCUACCAUCACAAUUGGCAAUGAGACUUUUAUAACACAUUUAACAACGUGUCCGAUUUAUAGCAAAAUCAUCGAUACAAGAUUUACCCCUCUGAAUGAAAUCGCGUUGAUUCUGCAAAACCUGGUAAUAUUAGUGAUAAGUUUCUGUACUGCCGGUGGUUGCAGUCUGGCUGCUGUCUUCGCUAUACAUGCUUGUGGUCAGUUGAACGUGUUAUACGCGUGGCUACAUGAAUUAGUUGAAAACAAUGCGAAGGAAAAUGAUAAAGCUGAACAAAAACUGGCUGCUAUCGUAGAACAUCAUCUCAGAAUAUUAAGUUUUAUAUCACAAGUGGAAAGCAUUAUGCAUAAAGCCGCUCUUGUGGAAUUAACGGGGUGCACGAUAAUAAUGUCCUUACUUGGAUAUUAUACUAUUAUGGCUUGGGAAACACUUGAUACAGCAAAAGUAACAUCUUCUCUUAUUGUAUAUUUAUCGAUGGGUUUCAAUAUAUUUAUAUUCUGCUACAUCGGAGAGAUUAUCACAGAACAGUGCAGACUUGUCGGGGAAAUGGUAUAUAUGACUGACUGGUAUAAUCUACAUCAUAAAACUGCACGUAGUCUUAUUCUGAUUAUCGCUCGAUCAAAUGACGUAAUUAAGAUCACAGCAGGAAAAUUAUUCCGUUUGUCUAUCGCAACAUUUGGUAAUGUAAUUAAAACUUCUGUGGUAUAUUUAAAUUUCUUGCGAACAAUGACUACGUAA